CAGGACCUUCCUUGUUUUUGAUAGUGGCCCGGCGGGAACCCAGCGCCGCGUGCGUUCCUGGCACUGCCAGAGCGCGCCGAGCCAGCUUGGUGGAACUGGCUAGGAAGCUCUGGGUUCUAUGGGCCUUCCAUGAAGGUUCCAUCGCGGGGUGGCACAAGGGAUCUCAGGAGCUACCAUGAUGCAGUACCCUUCCCAGGGGCCGUUGGGAGGUCCUUCGCUCAGCGUUCUCUUUCUCUGCAAUCUCUCGGCCAGAAUGGCCCCCACGUUGCAACAGGCGUACCGCAGGCGCUGGUGGAUGGCCUGCACCGCUGUGCUGGAGAACCUCUUCUUCUCUGCGGUGCUCCUGGGCUGGGCCUCCUUGCUGAUCAUACUCAAGAACGAGGGCUUCUAUUCCAGCUUAUGCCCAGCUGAGAACAUCACCGCCAACACUACCCAGGACCAGCAACACCAGUGGCCCAGCUGUGACCAGCAGGAAGAGAUGCUCAAUCUUGGCUUUACCAUUGGCUCUUUCCUGCUCAGUGCCACCACCCUGCCACUGGGGAUCCUCAUGGACCGCUUUGGCCCCCGGCCCCUCCGGCUGGUUGGCAGUGCUUGCUUCGCUGCAUCCUGCACCCUCAUGGCCUUGGCCUCUCGGGACACGGAAGUCCUGUCUCCAUUGAUAUUCCUGGCGCUGUCUCUGAAUGGGUUUGGUGGCAUCUGCCUCACAUUCACUUCACUCACUCUGCCCAACAUGUUUGGGAACCUGCGCUCCACUUUCAUGGCCCUCAUGAUUGGCUCCUAUGUCUCUUCUGCCAUCACUUUUGGAGGAAUUAAGCUGAUCUACGAUGCUGGGGUGUCCUUUGUGGUCAUCAUGUUCACCUGGUCUGCCCUGGCCUGCCUUAUCUUUCUGAAUUGUGCCCUCAACUGGCCCAUGGAAGCCUUUCCUGCUCCUGAGGAAGGUGCUUACAAGAAGAAGGACAAUCUCGCUGGAUUGAACCUGGACCACAAGCUCACGGGUGACCGCUUCUACACCCAUGUGACCAACGUGGGUCAGCGGCUGAGCCAGAAGGCUCCCAGCCUGGAUGAGGGGGCUGACGCGUUUCUCUCAUUCCAGGACGCCCAUGACACCUCAGAAGACCUUCCUGAGAGGGCACCCCCUGCUGUCUUUCCACAGUCUGUCCCCUUCCGCAAGAGCCUCUGCUCCCCCAUUUUCCUGUGGAGCCUCGUCACCAUGGGCAUGACCCAGCUCCGAGUUAUAUUCUACAUGGCCAUCAUGAACAAGAUGCUGGAGUACCUCAUGACCGGUGGCCAGGAGCAUGUGACGGAUGAGCUGAGACAAAAUGUGCAAGAGACAGUUGGGUUCUACUCCUCCAUCUUUGGGGCCAUGCAGCUGCUGUGCCUUCUCACCUGCCCCCUCAUUGGCUACCUCAUGGACUGGCGGAUCAAGGAUUGCGUGGACUCCCCAUAUGAGGGCAUUGCUCUCGGAGAUGCCAGGGAUGGGGUCACCACCAAGUCCACCAAACCACGCUACCGCAAGAUCCAGAAGCUCACUAAUGCCAUCAACGCCUUCACCCUGACCAACCUCCUCCUUGUGGGUUUUGGUAUCACCUGCCUUAUCAGCGACCUACACCUCCAGUUUUUGACUUUCGUCCUGCACACCAUCGUUCGAGGAUUCUACCACUCGGCCUGUGGGGGCCUGUACGCUGCCGUGUUCCCAUCCAACCACUUUGGGACGCUGACGGGCCUGCAGUCUCUCAUCAGCGCCGUGUUCGCCCUCCUCCAGCAGCCGCUCUUCAUGGUCGUGGUGGGACCCCUGCGAGGAGACCCCUUCUGGGUGAACCUGGGUCUCUUGUUAUUCUCACUUCUGGGAUUCCUGCUACCUUGCUACCUCUUCUACUUCCGUGCCCGGCUCCAGAGGGAGUAUGUCACCAAUGAGCCAGGCCCACAGAAGAUGCUCAGCACCUCCAAGGGGGCAGCAUAGACGUCUGAGGCUGAGAAACUGGAUGACCGGCAACCAAGGCUUGAAUAACCAAAGGGAACCCCCGGACGGCUCCCUACCUGUCACAUGUGCAUGGAGCCCGGAGCCGUGCAUUUAAAAGAUACCAAGAGAAGGUCUAUUUUUAUA